CUCUUCCUCCUAUAUAACAUUACAAUAAACUUGAUCUUCACAUCAAAAACCAGAAAACAAAAGCCAGAGAGAGAGAGAGAGAGAGAUGGGGUUUUUGACUAAGCUAAUAGAUGCAGUUCUGUUACUCUUCUUCUUGGUGGUGAUUUUAGCAGCUCCAGCUUUCGAUGCACAAGUGUGCUUUCCUUCUAAGUUCUUCCCAAACUUCCUCGUUGACCUCAAUCUCUGGUUCACAAGCGAGUACGGUGAUUACUUGCUCAUUGAAAAGCCUUCUUUCUUUGUUGGGCUUAUGUGGCUAGAGCUUCUCUUCCAGUGGCCACUUGCCAUUGCAAAUCUUUAUGCUAUUCUUGUGGGAGGGAAGCCCUGGUUCAAUUCCACUUGCCUAGUCUAUGGAGUCUCUGUUUUUACUGGAAUGGUUGCUGUAUUAGCGGAGCUGAUCUUGUCUUCAAGAAUCACAAAGGUGUUGAUGAUGAUGUACUUACCUUUCCUGGGUUUUGCAAUCUUAGCUAUUCUGCGCGGCUUGUUACCAUGCUCUCACCAGACUAAAAUGAACGCCGGAGUCCCUGCAUUGGGUAGGAAAAAAAGGGCUUGAGAUGCAACUAGCAACCAAGAUUUGGUACAACUGCCCUGCAUUUCCAGAACUGCUCAUGCCAGUUUCGAUGUAUGUCAUGCAAUGCUUGCUUGAAAUUCUUAAUAAUUUUGUGAUGAAUAAGCUUUACUUGUUCUAUGUUGUUAUGCAAGUACCAAAAUUUUGGAAGUUGAUUUUUUGAGGUGUGUUAAAAGUUUGUAGUGUCAUUUCUUCAGUAGGCAGUGGCAUAUCACAAAGUAGUCUCACUUGAUACAAAAUAUUUCAUAAAUGAUUUGUAAAGCUGUUUUGGAUA